AGUGCUAGGAUUACAGGCGUGAGCCACCGCGCCCGGCCAUUUUUCCCCAUCUUUUAAUGGCAAAUCUAACCUUUUGUUACUCAGGCCAAAAAUCUUGGAGUCAUCCUUGACUCCUGUCUCUCACACUUCAUAUCUUGUCAGUAGUACCUUCAAAUUUUAUUAAAAAUUUGAGCAUAUCUCACCACUGUUGUCAUCUUGGUCAAGUCAUCAUCAUCAUCUCUCGUCUAGAUUACAGGAGUAGCUUCCUCACUGUCUCCCUGCUUUUGUCCUUUUCCACCCUACUGUCUCUUCUCAAUAUUUACACUUUGAAUAAACAGUACAUGUAUGCCUGUGUUCUCUCAGGCCCACAGGUCCUAAAUACCUUGCCCUCAGAUACACACAAAAGGUUUGGGCACCAUGUGUCACCUUCAAGGGAUCUGAAACAAACAUCAGUUCAUUCCUCUCGGUGCCCAGUGUCUCUACCUUUUCAGACACUUGUCCUCUCUUGCCUCGAAUAUUGCUAGAAUCUCUUGACGAGACUCCAUCCCUCUAGUUGCUCCUUUUCUAACACAGCCUUCAUCAGAGUUCUUUUUAAAUAACUGACUAAAUUGCUUAAUUGAUCAUGAAAUUUUCUUGCAUACCAUUUACUCUCAAGAUUAUUCCUCAGUUUUUUUCAGCUUUAUUUCCUGCACUUGUACCCAAUGUGCUAGCCAUUUUUACAACUAAACUGAGCACACCUUUGAAAAUCUCUUCACCGUUAAAGUCCAGGUUUAAAUGUCACCUCCUCUGUGAAGCCUUCUCUGAUACUUCCCAUCCCCAACUGCAGAAAUAUUAAUUCUUCAGCUUCAGUCCAUGGUAUUUUGUUAAUUUUCCUAGCAUAGACCUUAUACAAUCCAGCCAAGAUACAAUAGGAUAUCUCUUGCCACUGGAUUUUGAGCUCCUUUGGAGCUGGAGGAUUGAUUUUUAAAUUUAUCUUUGUAUUUGCAUUGGCUUAGCCCACAAACUAAUUUAUAUUAUUCAUAUUAAAAUACGGAAAAUGCACUUUAAUCUUGAGUCCCUUAAAAUGUUAUCAUAACAAAUCAAAAUAUGAUGGAAGGCUCUGAUUUCAGUCAACUUUCAAUCCCCAAACCAAAAGUAUAACCUAGAUGUCAGCUGGAUCUUCUUGGCUUUAUGUCCCUCAUGGCAGUAUCCAUGACCAGUAUCACUCAAGCAUGAAACCUUUUUGUGUUUCAGAAGACUCCACCCACACCAGGCAUUUCAAGCCUUUAAUUUCAAGCAUGUUUAUAUGGCUAUUAUUAGCUCCUGCCAUCUUGCUGACUCUCUCUUUUCCUCUACUGCUUCUCACCUUGCCUUUGGAACACAAUUAUCUUAUUUUCUCAUUAGACUUACUUUAAUUUUCUCUGAAGCCUUAGUUCUAGCCUAGAUGCCUGGCCCACAGGAAAUCACCUAACUUAAGUAGCCUUAUUUUAGAUAAUUUCUCAGCUAAAGAGAUUCUCUCAAGAUUAAUUCUCAAUCCAGCUGGCAGGAGAGAAAUAUUUUCUUCUUGUAACAUGUCCCUCUGAGAAAAAUAUUUGCAGCACUUUGGAAAUUUAUCACAUAAAGUCUCUUUGCAAAGGUGGGUAAGAAGACAACAAAAUAUUUAUCUGUGUUACUUGGGAUUCCUGGGUUUUGAAGCCCAUCCAUCCAUCCCACAUUUUCCCAGGCAGUUAUUCUUAAACCUGUCUGCACUUCAGGACCACUUGGUGGGCUUCCUUAAAACCAACUGCUAGACCUACCCCCAGAAUUUCAGAUUCAGUAAGUUUGGGGGUGGGGGAGGAUUUUGCAUUUCUAAUGAUUUCUGGGUGAUACUGGUGCUCUCUCUCCUAGGACUAUACUUUGAUAAUUCCCGCUAUAGUGGCUCUUAAAUUUGGCUGCUCAUUAAAAUCAACAACUGAGGAGCUUUUAAAAAUCUUUAUGUCCAGGCCACACCCUGGACAAAGUAAAUCUCAGGAUAGAUUCCAGGCCUCAGUAUUUUAAAAAAAACUCCUUAGGUAAUUGCAAUGUGUAGGUAAUUUUGAGAAUCUGUGCCCUAUGGUAUUGAGUGAAAUUCCUUCUGGGGCUACACUCUCAAGAAAUUCCCUUUUAUGGGACCUGCCAUGUUCUAUACUAUAUAUAAUAAUUUUCCUACAAAUGGGCAGUAGGGGCAAGAGAUAGGGAUUACUAAGAAUUGUGCUUAAAUGAGAAUCUGUGUGAUUAAACAAGCAUCUAGAAGGUGAGCCACAUACCUACUUUAAGUGAGAAUAUAAUAAUUGCAAAUUACUUGACAGAAGUCUUUGUUUCAAAAUCAUACUUGUUUCUUAUUAUAUUUUAUGAAGGAAAAAGGGAAAGAAGAAGGGAGGGAGAAAGGGGGGGAUGAAAGACCUGGCUCAAAUGAGGCAAUGUGCUGUUAUCCUUUAUCAUCCUUGGUUCACACAUUCUGCUAAGGGAAGUAAUAAACGGGGUCCCAUGCAAAGACAUACAAAGCCUCAGAAGCUACAAAGCUGAAGCAUGGAACAGAGUGGAUAAAUCCAGGUCUUGCUUGGCCCUCUAUUUGGAGCAAAGUAAAAGAAGAAUGAAAUCUUUUUGGUAUCUUGCAAUCUGGAUGUCAUUGCAGACAAAAGAAUCAAACUGAGGACUGGUCCAGAGAGGCAGUUUUGGCAGGCACCAAAUUAGCAUAGUUUGCCACAAGGACUUCAGGUUUGUUUGGGGCAGUCUUUUGACCCAAGAAUGGGGUCUACUUUUCUCCACUUCUGAAGAUCUUGCUUGUUGGAAAUUUGACCUCAAGGAGCUGAGUCAUACUUAAAUUAACUUCAGCUACUUAAGUCUGGAUUCAUUUCUCUGAUUAUUUCCUACUAGCCUCAACACUGAUAACCAAAAGCUCAAGAUACAAAACUCAAAGUUCAAAAGAUAAGACCAAAAGCUCAAAGAUACAACCAAAGCUCAAAAUUUUCCUUUCCAAUUCCUGGUCCUUACUUCCCAGGAAUGGCCUCUGUUUUUUUAAUAAUAGGCAGCUUAUACAGAGGCUUUAGUGGCUUGCACAAUUAGCAGCCUCACAGAAGGAGCCAAGUCUCUUAAGAGGUCUGUCCUAGAAAGAUGGAGCAUGGAUGGGGAUUAGAUCACUUCCCAGAAGUCAGACCAUGAACCUCCUUUUACCUUACAGUAAAAAAUAAAAAAAUAAAAAAAAUUUGCAAGUCUCUGGAUGCUAGUUUGGCUACCAACUUCCAAAGGCCUUACUCUCCUGCUGCUCCUUAACCAUUCUACUAAAUUAAAAAAACUUUGAUUAGGUCUGGCUGUGAGUCCCUGGAAAACAAUUUAAUUGAUUUCAGAGUAGUUCCACACUAACCCUAAUCCAACAGUUUGAGAUUCUCAAUGUAGAUUCUCUCCUGCUCAUUUCUUUCUUUUUUUUUUUUUUUUGCCAAUAAACUUUUAAUUGGAUUUAUGUUGUAUAUACCGUGUUAUGAAAAGCUGUAAAUGCUGUAUACUCACAAUAUUUAUAAAUGUGUAGCAUGAGCCUGUUUGGUACUUGAUCAUUAAGUUUCCCAUUUCUAGGACUACAUUCCCACUCCUCAAUGAUAACAUCAGCGUGUGCUGUUCAUUUGCAACAGGUGCAUUUUCAAUUGUUGUGGCAACGUGUGCAGCUCUUGACUGGGGAAAGAACCGCCUCCUGCUCAUUUCUUGAGUGAAGAUUUAGUAUAGAUUUAAUCCUGAUCCUUAUAGCAAAGGAGCUUAAGAAAUUUGCUUAAGAGCAUGUAGGUGGUAAAUGAUGGAAUUGAGGUUUGAAUCUAAGAACGACACCACAGCCUAUGUUCUUAAUAACUAACUCUAAGCAUUAACUAUGUUCCUGGCACAUGGUGCUGGAGAUAUGUCAGAUGCUUACUUUUUCGAACUUUGUGCAAUAUCAUAGUGGAAUGCAAGAAAUCGGUCUCAACAUGGCAAAUGGCUCAGUACUCUCAAAAGCGAUAGCAAUGUAUACAUAGAACAUGCAAUUAAAAUAUAUUUUAUAACUAUCUGCUACUGUGAAAUCUGUGCAGUUUGAAUAGUUAGAAACAACUGUCAUCGAUGGUUCUAAUUUACAGUUGGCUGUACAUUAACUGAUCGUGUGAGUCUAACAAAUAACAUAACCUAAUAUUUCUUGUGGACUUACUUUGAAAAAGAUAUUGUUUAAGUUUCUGUUCAGCACAGAGUGAACCAUGAGAGAUUAUUUCGGUCCUCAAGAGCUUAUUCUAAUUGGCGAAUAAAGCACAUGCUUUUGAAAAAUUAUCCCCAAAAUACAAAAAGCAUAGUAAAUGUUAAAUGAGUGGUCCAGGGAAGUCAGUCCCUGAAACCUAGGUUGGCUGAAGUCUACACGGAAAACGUAAAAUUUCUGUCCAGAUAUAAAGAGUUGUAGAGAAAGUUGGAAGUACAUUCCAGGUGGAAGGAUCACCGGGAACUAUGUUUUAUCGCAACCUGCUCCUGAAAACAAUGCGGCCGCUCGCACGAGGUACUCGUUCUCGGAGACCCCUGCGUGAAAGGUAAGUGAACGCCUCCGACUGCUACCGGGGUUCAGACUCCGGGCGCGAGCAACGUCGGGACAGGAUCCGCCUCGCCGAGCUUCCGUUUCCGGUCCUCAGGCUCUGACUCCGCGGAGACUUGGCUCUCUAGAGAAGGGGGUGGGCCCUCGCGCGCCGCGCAGGCGCACGGGGGGCAGCUGCAAUGGCGCUGCCGUGCAACCUGAACAGGUAUCUGCUUCUCAUGGCGCAGGAGCACCUGGAGUUCCGCCUGCCGGUGAGCCCGUAGCGCCCCCUGCAACUUCCGACGGGAGAGGACAGCCGAGUGGAGUUGGCGUGGGGGUGGAAGUGUCCUGCAGAGCUCGACGAUGCUGGGAUUCCGGGAUCUGUGCUUGUCGGGGCAGAUCGUGCGUCCCCAGUGCAAUCCUUUGGCCCGUUGGGCGGGGAAAUAAAGUCUUUGCUUUCACUUUUUGGAGGUCAGUUCGCUAACAGUCAGGAAACAUAUGGAAAGUCACCAUUUUGGAUUCUUAGCAUUCCCUCUGAAGAAAUUGCAAGAAACUUAAUGAAACGGACAGUGUGUGCCAAGUCUAUAUUUGAGCUAUGGGGUCAUGGAAAAUCUCCUGAAGAGCUGUACAGUUCUCUUAAAAGUUACCCUGUGGAGAAGAUGGUUCCAUUUCUACAUUCAGACUCUACAUAUAAAAUAAAGAUUCACACAUUUAAUAAAACAUUGACCCAAGAAGAAAAAGUCAAACGAAUAGAUGCCCUUGAGUUUCUGCCAUUUGAAGGAAAAGUGAAUUUAAAGAAGCCACAACAUAUAUUCUCUGUUUUGGAGGAUUAUGGUUUGGACCCAAACCAUAUCCCUGAGAAUCCACAUAAUAUUUAUUUUGGUAGAUGGAUUGCAGAUGGACAGAGAGAGCUUAUUGAGUCAUACAGUGUCAAAAAGAGACACUUUAUUGGAAAUACAAGCAUGGAUGCUGGCUUAUCAUUCAUCAUGGCUAACCACGGAAAAGUGAAAGCAAAUGAUAUUGUCUUUGAUCCAUUUGUUGGAACAGGUGGCCUCCUGAUAGCUUCUGCUCAUUUUGGUGCAUAUGUAUAUGGGACAGACAUAGACUACAACACAGUUCACGGUUUAGGAAAGGCCAGUAGGAAGAACCAGAAAUGGAGAGGACCAGAUGAAAAUAUUAGGGCAAAUCUUCGUCAGUAUGGUUUAGAGAAGUACUACCUUGAUGUCCUGGUUUCAGAUGCAUCUAAACCUUCCUGGAGGAAGGGUACAUAUUUUGAUGCAAUUAUCACUGAUCCUCCAUAUGGUAUCAGAGAAUCUACAAGAAGAACAGGUUCACAGAAGGAAAUACCAAAGGGAAUAGAAAAAUGUCCAGAAAGCCACGUUCCUGUUUCCUUGAGUUAUCAUCUGAGUGAUAUGUAUUUCGACCUGUUAAACUUUGCAGCUGAGACCCUGGUAUUAGGUGGAAGACUAGUCUAUUGGUUACCUGUGUAUACACCAGAGUACAGUGAAGAGAUGGUGCCCUGGCACCCUUGCCUGGAACUCAUUAGCAACUGUGAGCAGAAGCUUUCCAGUCACACAUCAAGGCGCUUGAUCACAAUGGAAAAGGUGAAGAAAUUUGAGAACCGGGACCAGUAUUCACAUCUACUAAGCGAUCAUUUUCUGCCAUACCAAGGUCAUAAUUCCUUCCGUGAGAAAUAUUUCAGUGGGGUAACAAAAAGAAUUUCCAAGGAAGAAAAAUCCAGCCAGGAAUGAAAAUUAAGAUUUUGACAAUGGAGAAAGAAUAAGGAGUUGAUAGAAAAGACGUCUGGAUGUUAACUUCCAUGUGUGAUCCCGAAAGCAUGUACUGUCUUAAAAUAUUUUAUAUAAAAAAAUGCUACAAAGUAAAUUAAGCAAUUCUUUUAAAGUUAUCUUUGUUUUAUAAACUAUUUUGUUAUAUGUGUUAUAAAACUUUUUGAACCUUAUUUAAUUUAUAUUUGUACUUUCAAGUAUUAAUGGGGAUUGACUCAAACAGUUAUAUUUUUUACAAUAAUCUACAACAGGAAUUAAUAUUGUUGAAUUUUUAAACAUAUCUGCUGGAUAUGCUAUAAGCAAUUAAUAAUGGUUAAGAAUUUACUCAUUAGGUGGAUUUAUUUAAUUUGGCUUUUGAUUGUACUUGAUUUACUCUGCCACUAAUAAACGUCAUUGAGAAUUUCUAAAAUCUUGUAGUAUUUAGUGCUUUGUCAGAGAGGAUGUGAAAAGGGAAAUGGAUUUUUAUUUUGAAAUUACAGACAAGGAAGUAAUAAUGGUAAUGGUGAUGAUCGGAAAGGCAAAGACCUGACGACCUAAAAGGAUUCUAAACUCCUUAAGGCCUGUCCACAUCUGAAGCUCGUCUGUACCUUGGAUUUGCUCUUGCAUUCCUAAACCUUGACUGUUGCUCAACUUAACUACCCACAAUUUUUGGUUUAGAAAGUAACUGAUAGUUAAAAGCAGUAACAACAACACAAAACCUUGAUGGUUCCCUAAUGGUAUUAAGCCUAAUCAGUGCUCUUUGAAAUAGAAGCUAUAUUUUUCUUGAAGGAGAAACUUUGCUGAGUCCACAUUGUGUCCAUCAUUAAAAUAUCUUGUUUGAAAACCACUACACCCAUUAAUUCAGGAUGCUAAUAGCUUUCCUGCCUUUGGUGGUCAAAUGUACCUCAGCAGGGCGGCAGUAAAUGGAUCCUUUCUAACCAGAGCCUAUUUUAUUUAUGUUAUUAUUAUUAUUUUAGUGUAACCGCUGAUUUUUAUGGACUCACGAUAUGAACGUGCAUGGCUUAGCACCUCCAAAAGCCCAGUGCUGCCCAAGCAAAGAGAUACCAGGCUAUCUGCCUCCUUCUCCCUCCUUUUUUUGUCUUGCAGCUCUGGAUUUCAGCAGUAGAAUUCAAACAUUUCAGUAAUUAUUUUGUUUGGGUUUCUGGAUGUGAUUUGUGGUACAAUGGGAAAAAUCUAAAAGUAUUCAAGGGUGAUUUAUUUUCAGUAUUUCUGUUAUGAACCAUUUAUUUAAAAUUGUUUGAGGUUAUAUGGGGGGUAAAUUUGAAACUUUGUAUCUGACUCAAUUUGGAAUAUGAGAGCUUAGCCCCCUUUUUGGGUUAUCACAAAAAUUAGUCCAAAUAAUUCUGGAAAGUUGCAACAUUAAUUUUAGUCACCUUGUCCUUAAAAACAAUUUCAAAUUAUUUUUUAUUACUCCUAGUUGAGGUCUUCUAAACUUUAAUUCUUCUUAUUGUGAGACUUAUUUUCAUAUUCACCAGUAAGUUCACUUUCCCAUUCCUGAAAUGGCACUAGGCUCAGAGUGUACAUUUGUGUAGUUAUUUUAAAGUUGGUACUCAGAAAUGAAAAAGAAACCUGAUCACUCUCAACUAAUUUUGAUUUGAGAGCAUAGGUCUCAAGCCCUCUUAUUUUAAAAAGAGAGACUUUCUUUUCUGGCAGUGGGAUCAUAUUACUUUCUGCAUAAGUUACAGCAGAUCAUUUGCAGGAUUGCUUUAGUUUUAUGUGUUACUGCUGUAUUCCUUAUGCACUUACCAGCAGGAAUACCACCUAGUCCUAGCAAAAUGUCUGAAUGUCAGAUAGUCCUGUAGUUUGAAUUUACAGUGUCAUCUGUGAGGGAACCCUCGGUGGUCUGUGGACUGGCUUAUUUAAUGUUUAUAAUAUGACAAAAUCUAUAAUUUUGUUUCUGGCAUAUAUUAAAUACCCAUAAAAUCCAGACGGUUACCUUGAUGGUGUUUCAUUGAAGUGCCUCCUUCCUAUCCUUUCUGGUGAGUGCUUUUUUGCUGUGAUAGCUGGGAGGAAAGAGUGGAGUAGGUGGUCUUUGGUGUGUUUAGCCAAAGUGGCCAGCAGAUUUUUAAAAAGUUGAAAACCUGCUGCAAUUUUCUCAGCCACUUCCUGCCCAGGGUGACCUAGCUUUGGGCCGGCUUGCCACCAACUUCCUUAUGACUAACUUUUUAAAUAUAAGGAUUGAGUGAUAAAACAUUUUCAAACUGUCUUAAGCUCUGGGAGGUAAGUAAGUGUUGCCACUAUUUCCUUGUUGAGAAAAGUCACUCAAAUAUUGAGAUUCCCCACGUAUUUGAGAAGAAUGAUGAUUAUAACUAAAAAACUUAUUUCAAGUUUGGUAAGGGCAAGUAGAGUAUGAGUUAACAUCACUGGAUGCAUUGUAGUGAGUGUGUUUAUUUUAUUGCGUAAAAAAAUGUGCUUUAAAAGUUUGAGACAUGGAAAUAGCUUUUAAGGUAAUAUAUUUUAUACUCAUAAAUUAAAGAAGCAGGGAUUUGACUUUUUUUUAACAUCAGGAAAUUAGAUGUUAAGGUUGUGUUAUCUAGAUGCCAAUAUAAGCAAAUCUGGCUCUUAAAUAAAAGGUCUUAGUCAUUUGGUGUUACAAGAACUGCUGACAUCUUAUGCUGGAAAUAUUAUCAAGUAGUGCUUAUCCAAAGAGAUAUGGAAUAAAACAUAAUGUUUCUUUGUUGAAAAUUGAAGGUGACUUUUUUGAGACAUGAUCUUUCUAUACCAUUUUAAUAAAUCUCCCUUGAAAAAGCAUAAUGGAACUAAGUUGAUGUUAAUAGUUCUAAUAGGAAAAAAAAUCCUUUGUAGAUAAAACAGGGCAUAAGUAAAUAAAUUCAUUAAGGCAGUGUAGGGGUGGGAAUGGAGGUGGGUGUUGCCAAGGAAAUUGAUGGCCUUAUUGUUGAUCUGUUUGACCAAAAGAGAAUAAAUUUUUCCAAAAUAAGAACCUUGGCUCUUUUUGCAAGAAUAUGGUCCUGCUCUAUUAUAAAGAUAUUUAGCAAACUAAACACUUGCAAGAAUCUUUUUUCUUAGAAGGAUUGUAUUCAUAGAAUAAGUGCAGUCUAGUUUUCAUUUCCAACUCACACACUCCCAUUUUUCUCAGAUAUUUAUCAAGUAACGUGGUUUAUAAUCCAAACAAAAAAAGUGUCUUAAUCCAGAACAUACACAUGGACACAAUAACACUAGAUUGAUGGUGUCUGUACUUUACUAAAACAUUGAGAUCUUCUCUAAAACAGAGUGGUUUGAGACCAUAAGGUCUAGAGUGUAAAGAAUUAUAAUGGAAUGAUAAACAUAUCCAUGAUUCUAUCUAGCCAUAGAAUCAUAGAAACAGCACAUUCCUAUCUAUCCUUUGGAGUGAAAAAACUUACUAGGAACGUGACCCUAUUCCUUUAAAAGAGGUCUGCCUCAGGAUGUUCAUAUGUUUCACUAUGUGGGAUAAGCAAAUUGACAUUUAGACAUAACUGAGGCCAACCUGGGAUUUGGCUCUUAUCCCUUCCUUUAUAAGCCAUUGUAGACAGGCUCUUAGGGGGCUGGAGGUUUAAUUAUCAUGGCAGUCUCUUAGGAAGCCUGAGUCAUGGAACAAAAUGGGGCUUACUAGAUGAAUGUUAAGAUAUGCCAGCUUCCCUUCUGUAACUGCUAGCCCUAUUUCUUGAGAUAUGAGGAUAUGCUUUGUAUAUUUUUGUUCUAGAAUUUGAAAGUUCUUACCAAGAUAAUCAUGUUGUGGUCAUGCCAAACUGAAUUGCCCAAAAAGGAAUCUGCUUUGACCUCUAUGACUUUAAAAAUCUCUCCUUUAAUCAAGCCCCUCUGACUCUCUCUGGAGGAUUUAUCAGAAGAACUCUAUUUUGGCUAACAUUCAGCGUGGAGAUUAGCUGGACUUAUGUGUGAAGUUAGUCAAAUUAAAAGAAAAGAAAAAAAAGGCUGAGGAGAAAAUUAAAACUGAAAAUGUAAAUGAUACUUAUGAUAUUGGAGUUGUGCUUUGAUGGAUUGCCAAAAUAUUUUUCUAAUGUGUUGUAAGUUGGUGAAGUGGAUCAAGAUGGUCAGAGUUGUUAUUGGGAAGCUUUAAAAAUCUGUUAAGGGUCCCUUAAUAUUUGUGUAUAAAUCAUGGACUGUUUUACUACAAAUCUGAGUUAUUCCAGCACAAACAACAAAACUUAUUGUCAUUUUUUCAUUUUUUUCUUUAUAAUUUAUACCUAUUGAAAAGUAAUCAUCCACAGAUCUCUUGCAUUUCUUUGUCUUUCUAAUCGAGGCACUGGACUUCCUGGGUCCUGGACUACCUUUUUGAGGAUGCUUGUAUAGUGAGCAACCUUGGAAAAUAGAUAUAGUGUCUUCCCCUCUUUUAUCUCUCCCUUCCCUUCUACUCUGGAGCAGAGGUCAAGUUAACAUACUGCCUUGAAAAAUGGUGUCUUGCCUCCAGAGUGAAAGGCAUGCUUACUGCCCAUUAUAAAAGAUUUGGGUUCCCUAAGCUCAAGGUUCCUUCCAUGUAAGGCAACCCACUGUAUGUGCAGACACCCAUCUGGGCCUAUCCAGGUCACUCCUCUGGGACUUGGGUACAAGGAAGAACUGAUUAAAAAUAUACUGAUUAUCAUGCUUCUUGCUGUGCCAUGAAUAAUAAAUUUCUUUGUAUUAUA